AUGGAAGGCACCAACCUAUCCGAGGACGAAGGAAGUCAGCAGGGCCCGACGGACCAGGCUGAUCCUUGCACAUCAAAGCCAAGUGCCAAAACCGUUGACGCGCUCUCGGCCGACAUGGUGCAUGGCUGGCCACAAGCACAUGGCAUCGCUCGUCGCAUCGAUUUCAUCUGUUCAGACACAUGGACAAACAGACAGGGUAUCCCGACCGCCUUUAACUUCAACUUUACCAACCACACCAACUGUGACGGAAUAGCAGGGGAUCACCUCCCCCAAACAUCAAAUGCCACUGUGCGCAACCACGAGGCACAGCAAUAUAUCCUUUGGGAACAUCGAGCCACAGCUAUCGCGGCUCGCCGUCUUCUUUAUGGUUGUCCACAAUCGACAUAUCCACCUCUUCAAUUCGUUUCGCGACUUGCCGCCGAGGUUAACAGAACGAUCGAGCAGGACGAGAAGAAUGGAAGUGGGCGGACGUUCGUAGCAGCAACUCGGCUAGCAGCCUGCUUGCUUCCUGGUAACGCACUUCAUUGGCCCAUGUUCGACGUGAUUCAGAGCAAACUGGAGAUUUCGGGCGAGCAAGACAGUGAGCCCAGUUGGAGAGCUCAGAGCCGUUCCCGUACCAGUGGCGUAAGUGUUUCCAAGAGCCCCUUAUCCUGGGAGCCUUUGGGCCAUUCCACGUCGGCCGCGCGGUUCCACACACUCUAUACCUGCUCCACCAGGACUUGGGGUAGGAACAGCUUUCGCUGUCAGAUUACCGCCAGUUCCCGUCCCAGUUCUGGGUCACCGACCAGCCCGGAAGAGCGACCACAAGUGCGGGCACACCAGCCAGGGCAGACAGAGCAGGGGGGCUGGCAGGCAUCAUGGGGUGGGGGGGAUAUGGUUCCAUCCGCACGCGGCCUGGAAGCAACACGGGCCCAGACAAGAGCUCAGGAGAGGGUACCCGGGCGGCAUCUCAGUGGUGCAGGAUGGGCGCCCUGGCCCAUUACCCCCUGGGCUUACUGA